AUGAAAAGAAAAUUAAAAAAGAAACAAAUCACGGAGCGUGGUGAUUGUGUGCUGACAGGCUAUUUCAUGUUUUGUGUGAUAAUUGAUAAGCACACGUACAUAUCACUGAAUGAGGUUGUUGCAGAAAUGGUGCUGUGCCUACGUACGUAUCACAGCAUGAGGUUGUUGCAGAAAUGGUGCUGUGCCUACGUACGUAUCACAGCAUGGGGUUGUUGCAGAAAUGGUGCUGUGCCUACGUACGUAUCACAGCAUGAGGUUGUUGCAGAAAUGGUGCUGUGCCUACGUACGUAUCACAGCAUGAGGUUGUUGCAGAAAUGGUGCUGUACUUGCCACCUAUCAAAAAACGUGUGA